CGCGCGCUAUCCCGCUCCUUUUCCCAUAAUUUCCCUAAUUAAUUUGCCCUUUCCCUUUUCCCUAGCUCUUCCGCCUCUAAUCUCUCUUUCGUUCUCUCUCAAAGCCAGAAAUUUUUUUCAAGGAAUCUUGCACUGCUGUGUGUGGUUCUGGUACACGGAGGUGGGCUAGUGCUGCCUGUGGUGGUUGGGUUGCUCUGAAUGUGGGAGAUCGACGCUUCUUUUUUCAAAACCCUAACCCUAGAUCUUUUCUUUUGAUUAAUUGAUUUUUUUACUGUGUGCUUUUGAUUAGGCAAUUGUUGACGGUGACAAGGACGAGCCUGGAAACCCUGAAUAUGCUUUUAAGCUGAUGCUGACAUGGAGGAUGAUGAUAUAGAAGUCGAGUAUUACAAACAAGUCGAAAAACAACGGGCUGCAAAGCUUGCUGCCAAAGCUGAGAUUUAUUCAAGGACCUCAGCAAUCCCAUCUUUGCCUAAUACUUUUGAUGGAAAACGCCAGAUCACUUAUCAAUGCAGAAGAACAGGGGACAGAAGAAGAAACCCGAAAUCCGCCAACAGUAGGGCUAGGGAAAAAGAAUCUAGCUAGUUAAUAUUUGUUUUUGAUGUUCUAUUCAAGUGUAGAGAAUAUGUACACUCUUUAAGGAUUUUGCCUCCUUUUGACCAAUUCUUAAUAUUGCAAUUACUUUUUACUCUUCGAUGUUAUUGUUCACUAUAAGAGUAUAAGAUGAGCCCGAGCCCAAAUCAAAGCAAGAAUUCAGCAUAAGGCCUCUCAUUAUUUGACCUUCUCGAUCUUUGGGAGGGUGGUGGGGUACGUCAGAGGUGAAUUAGCUUUUGAUGUCCCAAAGUGAACCACAUGGAUUCUAUUUAUAUUGGUAUCUCAAUGAUACUGUAAUAAAUAAAAUAAUUGUAGUGGAGGACUUCUUCCA